GGGACCUGGGCUGCCUUCCUGGGAAGAUGCAGCCACUCCUGCUCCUGCUCCUGCUGGCCUUUCUGCAGUCCCAUGGGGCAAAGGCAGGAAAGAUCAUCGGGGAACAGGAGGCCAAGCCCCACUCACACCCCUACAUGGCGUAUCUUUGUAUCUGGGAUCCAAAGAAGGGUCCGAAGAAAUGUGGCGGGUUCCUGAUCCAAGAGAAGUUCGUGCUGACGGCUGCCCACUGUUGGGGAAGCUCCAUCAACAUCACCCUGGGGGCCCACAACAUCAAGAAGCAGGAGAGAACGCAGCAGGUCAUCCCAGUGAGGAGAGCCAUCCCCCACCCAGACUACAACCACAAGAGCUUCUCUGAUGACAUCAUGUUGCUGCAGCUGGAGAGAAAGGCCAAGUGGACUGCAGCAGUGAGGCCGCUCCCCCUGCCCAGAGACAAGGCCUGGGUGAAGCCAGGACAGGUAUGCAGUGUGGCAGGCUGGGGGAAGGUCAGCCCCACGGGCAGGUACCCGGACACACUGCAGGAGGUUUGGCUGACCGUGCAGCAGGACAAGGAGUGCAGAUCCCACUUACCCAGCCAUUACAACAAUACCAUUCAGCUGUGCGUGGGGGACCCAAAAGAGAAGAAGUCUUCCUUUAAGGGGGACUCUGGGGGCCCUCUCGUGUGCAACAAGGUGGCCCAGGGCAUUGUCUCCUAUGGAAAAGAAAAUGGGGACACUCCACGAGCCUACACCAAAAUCUCAAGUUUCCUACCCUGGAUAAAGAAAACCAUGAAAAGCCUCUCCCUGCAGGAACAAGGCCACCUGCUCUGAAGCUGAUCCAGAAUCACACUGGGAGGUGUGGGGUGGGUGCCAGCAAUGGAAUAAAUACAGUGUAACUGAGUGGGCAAGGCUUUCUUGUUUAUUCAUUGACCCUCAUUCAUAGGCACCCACUCUAUGCUUAGGAGGCCAAUAACACAGUUCUGCUCUUUUCUGCUCCCUCCACUUUCUUCUCCCACCACCACCUCCCCCAAACCCCAGGCAGAGCUGCUAUGCAGCCUCUUCUCACCACACUUGUCUGUUCCGGGUCUGCCCUUCUGCCAGGCUGAAGCUGAGCAGCAUCAGCAGA